AUGAACGUGACAGAAUCAACUCACACUGCAGGCCUUUACAAGUGGGGCUCUGUGAUGGCUGAAGCACACGAGCAAACAGCGCAGGCAAGAAGCAGCCAAGCUGCUGCCAUUAACCGGGUACGCCAGAUGCGCAAAUUUCCCUUUCCUCCUCGGCUCUACCGCCAACCCCGUGGCGUAACUGCUUUCGCGAAUACGGAUGCUGCACUGCGGCGGUGGCACAGUUCAACCAAACUCUCUCCCCCCUCCUCCCACCCGGACGUUAAGGCCGCCCCCUUUCUCGGCUGUGAUUGGCAAGGCGGGCGGAGCCCUUCGCGGCGAUUGGCGGCUGCCGGCGAGAGGUUUUGUUUUUCCCCACCCCGUCAAUUUAAUUUUAUUCUUUUGAAGAUUCUUUGUUGUCAAGCCGCCAAAGUGGAGAGUGCGAUUGCAGAAGGGGGUGCUUCUCGUUUCAGUGCUUCUUCAGGCGGAGGAGGUGGUAGGGGUGCACCUCAGCACUAUCCCAAGACUGCCAGCAACAGCGAGUUCCUGGGGAAAACCCCAGGGCAAAACGCUCAGAAAUGGAUUCCUUCACGAAGCACUAGACGAGAUGACGACUCCGCAAACGACAAAGAACGACAUGAUGCAAUCUUCAGGAAAGUAAGAGGCAUACUAAAUAAGCUUACUCCUGAAAAGUUUGACAAGCUAUGCCUUGAGCUCCUCAAUGUGGGUGUAGAAUCUAAGCUCAUCCUAAAAGGGGUCAUACUGCUGAUCGUAGACAAAGCCCUUGAAGAGCCCAAGUAUAGCUCACUGUAUGCUCAACUAUGUCUGCGACUGGCAGAAGAUGCACCCAACUUUGAUGGCCUAUCAGCAGAGAGUCAUCCAGGGCAGAAGCAAAGCACAACAUUCAGACGCCUCCUAAUAUCUAAACUUCAAGAUGAAUUUGAAAACCGAACCAGAAAUGUUGAUAUCUAUGAUAAGCAUGAUGGUCCCCUCCUCCCUGAGGAGGAGGAACAGAGAGCCAUUGCCAAGAUCAAGAUGCUGGGGAACAUCAAAUUCAUUGGAGAACUUGGCAAGCUUGACCUUAUUCAUGAAUCUAUCCUUCAUAAGUGCAUCAAAACACUUUUGGAAAAGAAGAAGAGAGUCCAACUCAAAGAUAUGGGGGAGGAUUUGGAGUGCCUCUGUCAGAUAAUGAGGACAGUGGGACCUAGAUUAGACCAUGCAAAAGCCAAGUCCUUAAUGGAUCAGUACUUUGCCCGUAUGCGCUCCUUGAUGUCAAGUAAGGAAUUGCCAGCAAGGAUUCGUUUCCUGCUGCAGGAUACUGUGGAGUUGAGAGAACACAACUGGGUUCCUCGCAAAGCUUUUCUUGACAAUGGACCAAAGACUAUCAAUCAAAUCCGUCAAGAUGCAGUAAAAGAUCUGGGAGUUUUUAUUCCUGCUCCUAUGUUUCAAGGAAUGAGAAGCGACUUCUUUCUGGAGGGACCCUUUAUGCCACCCAGGAUGAAACUUGACAGGGACCCACUUGGAGGGCUUGCUGAUAUGUUUGGACAAAUGCCAGGAAGCGGAAUUGGUACUGGUCCAGGGGUUAUUCAGGAUAGAUUUUCACCCACCAUGGGACGCCAUCGUUCAAACCAACUUUUCAAUGGCCAUGGGGGUCACCUCAUGCCUUCUGCUCAACCCCAGUUUGGAGAACUAGGCAAAUCUUUUCUGAAAAGUCAGGGGCAAAGCCAGCUCUACCAUAACCAGAAUCAGGGACUCUUAUCCCAGCAACAAGGACAGUCGAAGGAUAUGCCACCUCGGUUUUCUAAGAAAGGACAGCUUAAUGCAGAUGAGAUUAGCCUGAGACCUGCUCAGUCUUUUCUAAUGAAUAAAAACCAAGUGCCAAAGCUUCAGCCCCAGAUAACUAUGAUUCCUCCCAGUGCUCAACCACCACGCACUCAGACACCACCUUUGGGACAGCCUCCUCAGCUUGGUCUUAAAACAAAUCCACCGCUUAUACAAGAAAAGCCUGCAAAGACCACGAAGAAACCACCUCCUUCUAAAGAAGAACUGCUUAAACAAACUGAAGCUGUUGUGACUGAGUAUCUGAACAAUGGAAAUGCUAAUGAUGCUGUCAAUACUGUGAGAGAAAUGAGAGCUCCAAAACACUUCAUUCCUGAGAUGUUGAGCAAAGUAAUCCUUCAAUCCCUAGAUAGAUCAGAUGAAGACAGAGAGAAAGCAAGUACUUUGAUCAGCUUGCUCAAGCAGGAGGGAAUAGCCACAAGUGACAACUUCAUGCAGGUACUACAGUCUGAAAGACUUGCAGACCUUGUUGCUUGGUUGUUCAUGAUGUUUAGCUUGAAUAAGGGCAGUAUUCAAGUCCUGUUGAUCUGA